AUGAUGCCGUUUCCGACGGCCGCCCCGGGAGCGCCUCCGCCGGCCGCGCCGCCGCAGAAGCACUGGGGCAUCUCCUCCCCGAUCAGCCUGGCCGCCCCCAAGGACACGGACCGCGAGCUCACCCGGAGGCUGGUGGAGACCCUGAAGCCCUUCGGGGUGUUCGAAGAGGAAGAGGAACUGCAGCGCAGGAUUCUAAUUUUGGAAAAAUUAAAUAAUCUGGUGAAGGCCUGGAUCCGGGAGAUCAGCGAGAGCCGCAGCCUCCCGCAGGCCGUGGUGGACAGUGUCGGGGGGAAGAUCUUCACCUUCGGCUCCUGCAGGCUGGGCGUCCACACGAAGGGGGCAGACAUCGACGCGCUCUGCGUCGCCCCCAGACACGUGGACAGAAGCGACUUCUUCACCUCCUUCUACGAUAAAUUGAAGCUGCAGGAAGAAGUGAAAGACUUGAGGGCGGUUGAGGAGGCGUUUGUGCCAGUUAUCAAGCUGUGCUUUGACGGGAUAGAAAUCGAUAUUUUGUUUGCAAGAUUAGCACUACAAACCAUUCCAGAGGAUUUGGACCUAAGAGAUGACAGUUUGCUUAAAAACUUAGAUAUUAGAUGCAUACGAAGCCUUAACGGUUGCAGGGUAACUGAUGAAAUUUUACAUCUAGUACCAAACAUCGACAACUUCCGGUUAACCCUGAGAGCUAUUAAAUUGUGGGCCAAAUGCCACAAUAUUUAUUCCAACAUACUAGGUUUCCUCGGAGGGGUUUCCUGGGCCAUGCUAGUAGCCAGAACUUGUCAGCUUUAUCCAAAUGCAGUAGCAUCCACGCUUGUACGUAAAUUUUUCUUGGUAUUUUCCGAGUGGGAAUGGCCAAAUCCGGUGUUACUCAAAGAGCCUGAAGAGCGGAAUCUUAACUUGCCUGUAUGGGACCCAAGAGUGAAUCCCAGCGACCGGUACCAUCUUAUGCCCAUAAUCACGCCAGCGUACCCACAGCAGAACUCCACGUACAACGUAUCGGUUUCAACCAGGAUGGUUAUGAUUGAGGAAUUUAAGCAAGGGCUAGCUAUCACACAUGAAAUUUUGCUGAAUAAAGCCGACUGGUCCAAGCUUUUUGAAGCCCCAAGCUUCUUUCAAAAGUACAAGCAUUACAUUGUACUUCUGGCAAGUGCGCCAACAGAAAAACAGCAUCUGGAGUGGGUGGGCUUGGUGGAAUCAAAGAUUCGAAUCCUGGUUGGGAACUUGGAAAAGAACGAGUUUAUCACGCUGGCACAUGUGAAUCCCCAGUCCUUUCCAGCACCCAAAGAAAAUGCCGACAAGGAAGAAUUCCGUACCAUGUGGGUGAUUGGGCUAGUGUUAAAAAAGCCAGAAGACUCUGACAUUCUCAAUAUCGAUCUCACUUACGAUAUUCAGUCUUUCACAGAUACAGUUUAUAGGCAAGCGAUGAAUAGUAAGAUGUUUGAGAUGGAUAUGAAAAUUGCCGCCAUGCAUUUAAGAAGGAAGGAACUUCAUCAGCUGCUUCCUAAUCAUGUUCUUCAGGAAAAGAAAGCACAUUUAACAGAAGGCGUGAGAUUGACAACUGUAAAUGACAGCAGCCUCCACAUGUCUGUAGACAGUGAAAACAACAUAACUGUACCUUUACCCACUAGCACUGUGAAGGCUGGCCCACUGAGCAGCUCUCAGGGCAGAAACAGUCCUGCCCUAGCUGUCAUGGCAGCAUCUUUGAGUACCAUACAGGCUCCCGAGGUUUCCCUGCAACACGUGAGCCCCAGUGAAAGCUCAGGUGUUGCACUGAGUGAAAACAUUCCUCAAGCCCCCUCGCAGCCUACCAUUUCUGCGCCACCAAAGCCCACAGUGACCAGAGUGGUUUCUUCAACACAUAUGGUAAACCACCCACCAAUACUUCAGGAAACACAGCUACAAACAUAUCUAAUCCUAUAG